AGACCUCUCCGAGAUGUCAGGUAUUAGUGCGGAGGGGCAGAUCUGCGAGCCACACGGCAGCUCCCGGGUCUACGGUACAUUAGGCUCUCCGUGGGAGAGGGAUCCCAGACAGCUCUGCUGGGGAGCCAGCCCAGGAGAUUUGUUCGCGGGCUGCUCCGGGGGAUACCCGCCACCUCCGGCACCCGAGCGCCAAAGGUGCCUGUGCUGCUGCUGCUGCUGCUGCUGGCGCAUUUCAGCCAAACUCCAGCCGGAGCCAGGGCAAGUUGAGCCGGAGACAUCGGAGCCGCUGUGCCUGGGAGACGCCGGGGCGCACGGGCAGCGCGGCGGCACCAUGCCUGCGAUCAAGAAGGAGCGACUUGACAGGGAGGAGAUGGCCCUGGCAGCCUUCAACCAGCCCAUGGAAACCUUACCUGACUACCUCGCGCCUCUGGCCGCCGCUGCCAUGCCGGUGGUCGCCCCGCACCCGCCGGCUUACGAGCAGAUCUUCGCCCACCGCGCGUACCUGGGCUUCCAGCAGCCCCACCACCCCCACCCGCACCACCCCCACCACCUCCCCGAGGACCUGAUGCUGGAGAGGUUCUCCUCCAUCCCGGAUUUCCAGCCCUUCUUUGACAACGGGGAGCCGUGCAUCGAGGUGGAGUGCGGGGAGAACAAGGCGCUGCUCUACAUCAAUAAGUUGUGCCAAGGGAGCAAAGGACCCUCGAUCCGCUACCGGGGAGAGUGGCUCACCCCCAACGAGUUCCAGUUCGUCAGCGGCAGGGAGACGGCCAAGGACUGGAAGCGCAGCAUCAGGCACAAAGGGAAAAGUUUGAAGACUCUUAUGUCCAAAGGAAUCUUACAGGUACAUCCUCCAAUCUGUGAUUGCCCUGGGUGUCGAAUUUCGUCUCCAGUGAACCGGGGCCGCCUGGCAGAGAAGAGGAGCAUCCCCCUGCCCCCCAGCAGGCUCCCCAAGAAAGAGCUGGGCUCCACCUUCCCCCACAGCGAGGACAGCCAGGAGAGCGACCAGAGCAAUGGGCAGCAGCCCGAGGUGAAGCAGGAGGAGGACCUGCACAUCAGUAUCAUGAAAAGAAGGAUUCACACCCACUGGGAUCUGAACAUCUCCUUCCGAGAGACCUCCUGCAGCCGCGACAGCGACCUGUCCACCAUCAUCUCCAACCUGCACCAGAGCCGCCAGCUCGUUAUGCCAGAGAGCCAGAGCCGCUGUGAGUUCAAGAGGAACCCCCUGGACGUGGGGCUGGCAGCAGCAGAUGAAAUUUUAGGCAAGAGAAGAGUAUGUUCUCCCAACAGCAGCAGUGAGUGUCCUUUGGAGAGCAAGAAAGCCCGAAGUGAGUCCCCGAAGGAGACGUCGCAGACGCCGGUGCUGGAGGAGGUGGCUCAGAUGACCCCGGAGGAGCACUACAGGCGCAUGAUGUCGGCGCUCAACGAGCACGGCGCCUUCGAGGAGCAGCAGCAGCAGCGCCUCUACCAGCUGGCCAACAGCAUGGCAGUGCCCAGCCACGGAGAUCUGCUCCGGGCGCGGCAGGAGGUGGCGGCGGCGGCGGCGCGGACCCCGGGCGCGAUGGAGGCGCACAUCCCCCCGGCCGGCAACUCGUCCAGCCAGCGCAGGAAGCAGGGCCUGCCCCAGCACCGGGACAGCCACUUCCCCGACAGGGAGAUAUCCCACCCACCGCCUCUGCUGUCGCCCCAGAACGCUCCCCACAUCGCCCUGGGGCCCCACCUGAGACCUCCCUUCCUCGGGGUGCCUUCAGCGCUGUGCCAGACGCCAGGUUACGGCUUCCUCCAGCCGGCACAGGCCGAGAUGUUCGCGCGGCAGCAGGAGAUGCUACGGAAGCAAAACCUGGCCAGGCUGGAGAUGUCGGCCGAGCUGAUCCGCCAGAAGGAGCUGGAGACCCUUCACCGGCAGCGCCUGCUGGCCGCGGACCCCCUGAGCCUGCACCCGGGGCUGCCCCCGGACCACCCCGCGCUGCGCAGCGUGCACGACGUCCCCGAGGGCCACGCGCUGCGCGACGAGCUGUCCCGGCGCAACGCCAUGCUGGUGCUGCGCCACAACAACGCCCCGCUGCUGUCGCUGGCGCCCGGCGGCGCCGCCACGCCGCCCAAGGAGCAGCCCCGGCGGGCGGGCGGCGGCCGCAAGGCCUCGCAGCCCCGCGCCGAGCCACCGGGCCCCGGCGAGGCCCGGGAGCCGCGCGCCAGGGACGGCGCCCAGGACUGUAACGACGACGAGAUGAAGGACUCGGAGAGCGACGCCGAGGACAAGGCCGAGGGGCUGAAGGGCGAGGGCGGCGCGGGAGCGGAGCCCAAGGAGGGCAAGGACGGCGCGGGGAAGGCGGGCGAGGGGGCCAAGGAGGCGGGCGAGGCGGGCGCGGCCUCCUCCAGCGCCGAGUCGCCCAGCCACCUGCUGGGGCCCGGCGUGGGCAAGGCCGAGGUGAAGUACCUGCCCCCCGCCUCGCUGCCCGCGCCCCAGCCGCUGCCCUUCGGCUUCCCCUACACCAUGAGCCCCUACUUCCACGCAGGCACCAUGGGAGGUCUGUUUUUGGACGGGGAGGAGAGCCCAGCACUGGAGGACAUCAGCAAAUGGACAGUGGAGGAUGUCUGCAGCUUCGUGUCCAACUUGUCUGGCUGCACUGAGUACACUCAGGUAUUCCGAGAGCAGGCCAUCGACGGGGAGACCCUGCCCCUCCUGACAGAAGAGCACUUACUGAACAACAUGGGGCUCAAGCUGGGACCCGCCCUGAAGAUCAGGUCACAGGUGGCCCGGCGCCUGGGCCGGGUGCUGUGCAUGGGCGCGCUGCCGCUGCCGCCGCUGCGGGGCCCCGAGCGGGAGGCGGCCCCGGGCGAGCCCCGGCCCUCCUCCACCGGCUCCACCUCGCCCUUCGUGCCCGCCAGCCGCGGCUCCCCGAGGCCCGAGAACGGCAGCGCGGCCCCGCUCGGAGACAAAGCCCCGUCCUAACCCGGCACGGAGAGCAGCAGCGCUGGAGGAAGGGAAGGAUUCUUGGUUUUUUUAAAAAAAUUUUGGAUGUAUUUGCUUUUUUUUUGUUGUUGUUGUUUGGGGAAAAUAAAGAAGCACGGAGAAUUUUGAACUGUCAAGAAAAAAAAAAAUAAUGAAAGGGAAGGAAGGAAAAUGAUCCAAAGAUGUUGUCGUGGGACGACGCCAAGCGAGGAGGAUGCUGGAGGAUGGAGGCAGCGCUGCUGUUCCUUCCACACUGCUCAGAGGAGCUGGACCCUGCACAGAACCAUGGCCAGGCUGCUCGUGGCCUUCAGGAACUGCGGGCUGUGCCUCCACGGGGAAGGGAAGGGGCUCUGCUCCUCCCACGGUACUUGGAGCAAAAACAACCCAUCCACACCCACCCAGCCAAGCUCGCCUCCUCCCUGGAAACUGGGCUCAGUUCCUCGUUCAGGUGUUCUAUGCAUCUCUAGCAACUUCGAAAACAAUACCAAAGACAGACAAAAAGGAUAAAAAGACAAAAAAAAAAAAAAGAAAAAGAAAAAAAAGGCAAGUUCCCGUCCAUGUUUACUUCGUGCAGAUGGUACAGAGCCACCCUGCCCUGGCACGGGGGCUGGCAGUGCCCGUGCCCAGCCCUGCAGAAAGGAUUUCCCCACGGGAUGUUUGGUUCCAGGAGCAGCUCCGGGGUCGGAGGAGGGUCCCAGCCCGGCCUGCAGCUGCUGGGGGGCUGUGCUGGCAGCCCUGGGGCAGAGGUGCAGGAAUUGCACUGCUGUGCACCCAGAGGAGCUGCGGGGAGGGGCCGGGCUCCAACAAUGGGCAGAGUUUUUACUACUGUGAAUGAGCUGGGAACUGCUGGGGUGACCUCCUGUGACUUGUACAGUUGUGAGCAACAAUCACAUGUGGUACUUUUCUCUCUCUCCUCCCCCCCCCCCCCCCCGUUUUUAUUUUUGGGUUUGUUUUUUGUUUAAACGUUGCACGUGCUGCCGUUUUUCUUACAGAAUAGCUUUGGUGGUACUUUAGCUUCUUUAUAUUGUAAAAAAAGGACAAAAAAAAUUUCCAUUAUCCAUCACAUCACGAUAAAAAUGCUUUCCAGCAAUCAAUUUAAAUAAAAAAGAAAAACACUUAA